AUGCAGCCUCCAUCAGACUCGCGCGGGAAGGACGUUUUCCUUUGGCGGAAUGGUGAUUGGGCUGAUUGGUCUUUCUCUAAGAGAUUUUCAUCAAAAGCAACGUGGAAUCUCUUGAGACAAAGAUCUCCUGUCGUUCCUUGGUGUAAUCUUGUUUGGUUCAAAGAAGCGGUUUCUAGAUUCUCCUUUGUAUCUUGGAUGACAGUGUUAGCAAGGUUGCCUACUAGGGACAGGCUAAUCUCAUGGGGAAUGACGGUCCCAGCAGCAUGUACCCUCUGCUCCUCGGGUCUGGAAUCUCAUGCUCAUAUGUUCUUCAACUGUACUUUUUCCUCAGCAGUUUGGUCUCAUUUUGCUGGAUGGAUGUUUUCUACUCCGCCGGUCUCCCUAGACUCUGUUAUCACCAUCAUCGACAGGCCUUACAUUGCCUCUUGUCCUGGUGCUGCAACUGUUAUUAAGCUUUUGGCGCAGGUCAUUGUUUACUGUCUGUGGAAUGAGAGGAACCAUCGCAUCUUCCGUCAAGUUUCAUCUACCGAAGCUGCGAUCAUCUCCAGGGUUGACCGCUUGAUGAGGGAUCGUCUCCUUUCGCUGCCACCGCCUCGUGAGGGAUCAGCCUCCUACUUGCUGCUGUUCCUCUCAUCUCGCUCUUUCUUCCCGCCUUAG